AUCGGCCGCAGCUGUGGCGGCUGCAACGCUCAACAUCAAUCCCGGCGGAGGCGGUGGCGGCGGUGUCGCUGGAUGUGGCAGCCACAACGUUGUUACUGCCAGUCAUGACCAGCUCGCCAAUGUUGCUGUCAUGCAGCCAACAUACGGCAGCGCCAGCGCCGUCAGUAGCAUCAACGGCGGUUGCCACAACGGUAACAACGGCAGCGGCGGCGGCAACAUUUGCAAUCAGCAGAUCAACAACUACAGCAAUAACAACGGCAGCGGUAGCAGCAACAGCAGCAGCAAUCAUAUGAGUGCAGGCAGUUUCUUCGGCGGCAACAGCAACAACAGUAAUAACAGCAACAACCAUACCAGCAAUAGCAACAGCAAUACCGAUUAUAUGGCCACGCCGACUACCGCUUAUGCGACACCAGCGACAGCAGCAACAUCUACAGUGAACACCACGACGAUGCUGUCUAAUUACUGCGAUGCCGCGACCAUGAUGAUGGCCGCUGCUGCAGUCAAUGCAAAUCAAUGCCUGCAGCAACAUCACCAGCGCAUGUUGCUGGCGGGCAGCAGCAACAGCAAUAGCAAUGGCACAGCAGCAAUACCCUCCUCGUCCUCGGCUGGCUCACUGUCGUCUGCCUCAUCGACGCCAACAGCCACAGCCACAGCAACAGCAACUGCAAAUGCAACAGCAACAGCCCCGCACCACCAUCAACAGCAACAGCAACAAUCGCCGCCAAAUUUAAUCGAUAUCAGCGAAGUUCCUCUCAUUGUGGAUGUCAAGUAGUGUAAUUAUUUAUGGAUCUAGAAAUGGGGCUAUAACAAACAACCUUGUAGAUACCCCGCCCCUCCCCCCAAAAAAAACCUAAAAAAUCAAAAAAAAAAAUGUUUAAAAAUGUAAAAAAAAGAUGAAGAGCCGCGUAGCUUAAUUGACUAAUUUUCCAUUUUGUAGCUUUCGUUGUAACUUUGUAAAUAUUUCCCGGAAAAAUUCAAAUUUUUCUCUAGGCCGCCCCAGCUGUGAGCAAUAAAUCUCAGCUGACAUAUCCCAGAGAACUUCAAAAGUUAAACCCAAAAAAAUUAAGGCGACAAACUAACGUCUUAAAAUAUAUAUAAAUGUGUAAAAUAUUAAAAUGGCACUGAGUUCUACUUAAUUUUUAAAACACAAAAAAGUUAAAGAAAAAUCGAAAAGAAAGAACACGUGGAAAGAGAGACAUCACCUUAACCCUUUCAAGAAAAGACAAAAACAUAAAGAUAGUUAAAAUAUUUAUAUAUGUAAUGUAGCAUAUACACGUAUAUACAUAUAUAAAUAUAUAUAUAUAUAUAAACGAAACUCUACUCCCAGUGGCUUGCAGAAAUAUACCAAAAAUUUUAAGCUAUGUUUACUUGAUGUGUGGCAAUUUUUUAUGUGUGCUUUAGCAAUUUUAUUUUACUUUAAGUAAAAUUUAAAAUUAAAUUCGAUUCCCAACUGGUUUUCCCCUCUAUCUCUCGCGGUGGCAUCUCAAAGAUGCCUCCGAACGGAAGGCCACUAACGUUGGAAUAUGAAUGCAAAAUUUAGCGAAUUUUUUAUUUAGUAAUCUUAACGAGUAAAAACACAAAAUGUUCAGUGCAAGUUUCAGUUCUUAAACGAUUUUUUCGUAAGCUUAAGCAUUAUCUUAUUUAUGUGUAUAGAGUAUGAAAAGUUUUCUAUAUUUUGUAAUAAUAAAAAUUUGCGUUUAUAAUGAA